AUGGCAGUCGAACCCAAGGUCAAGUCCAAAGGCGCUGCCUUGAAGAAUGGCAAGUCUAAGCUUGCUGAAGCUAAGAAGCGGAAGGCUUCCGAGGAAGAGCCUGCUUCGAAAUCAAAGAAGUUGAAGGCCGUCAAGGCAGUCGAGAAAGAGAAUGCUGGAAAGACGACAGUGCAGGAGAAGCCUUCAAAGAAGAACAAGAAGAAGAGCAAGAAGUCCGAAGAGGUAGCGAACGAUUCUGGGAACGACGAGGCCGCUGCCGAAUCCGCGCUUGUUGUGCGAGAAAACGCAUCCGACGCCGAGGAAGACGACGACAAUGCCGGCGACAACGAGGCCGAAGCCCUGGCUGCCGAAAUCGACAGUGGUGACGAGCAGGAGGAACUCGACCAGGCGAUGGCCCAAUUCGAAGAAGGCCAAGACGUCGGCAAGAUACCCAAGCUCAGCAAGAAGGAAAGGAAGGCGAUAGAGGCUGCCCGAAACGAAAAGCCCGGCAUCGUAUACGUCGGUCGCAUCCCCCACGGCUUUUACGAGCACGAGAUGAGGCAGUACUUUUCGCAGUUCGGUCCUAUCAACCGGCUGAGGCUGUCGAGGAACAAGAGGACGGGCGCGAGCAAGCACUUUGCCUUUAUCGAGUUUGCUGAGGAGACUACGGCCGAGAUUGUCGCCAAGACCAUGGACAACUACCUCCUUUUUGGCCACAUUCUCAAGUGCAAGGUUGUCCCUCUAGAGAGGGUCCACAAGGAUCUUUGGAUCGGAGCCAAUCGCCGAUUUAAGAAGGUGCCGUGGAAUAAGAUGAUCGGAAACAAGCUGGACAAGCCCGCGACGCAAUCGGCAUGGGAGAGGAGAGUCACGAGGGAGCAGAGGAGAAGGACGCUGAAGGCGUUGAAGUUGAAGGAGCUUGGCUACAAGUUCGAUGCUCCUACUCUAAAGGCCAUUCCUCCACCGGCGGCACAGGACAAGCCUGCUGAGAUUGAGGAGGCUGCUGAGGAGGCUGCUGAGAAGGUGGAGAAGACGGAAAAGAAGGAGAAGAAGCAGAAGAAGAAGCCAGCAGAGGUCGAGGAGGCUCCUAAGGCGCUUCCCGAGCCCCCUGCGGGACCCGAGAUUGUGGAGGAGCCUGAGAAGAAGUCGGCAACUAAAACGUCCAAGGCCAAGAAAGCGGUAAAAGCAAAGAAAGGAAAGUCAAAGGCGUAG